AUUGUAUAUCAAUUGCAACUGCCCCCUCAUCUAUCGACAUUCCAUUACGAAAAUAAACGUUAUCGCGCACAGCUGAACCCAUUUUUCUUUUAUUAAAAAAAACCCCUCUUACAUUAAAAAAAGUAAUAGAAAAAUGUCUAGCUCUACUGCCGAAAUCAAAGCCCCUGUUGCUACAUUUGUUCAACCUAAACCUUAUAAAGUUGACCUCGAACCCGGAAAAGAUUACUAUUACUGUACCUGUGGAGAGUCCAAGAACCAACCUUUCUGUGAUGGAUCUCAUAGAGCUGCUGGUGAAUUUAAGCCUACCAAGAUUACAGUGGAUGAAGCCAAGAGCUACUUUUUAUGUGGUUGUAAAUUAACAGGCAAUGCUCAAGGCUUCUGUGAUGGCACACAUCGUAAAGAAGCAGGUAUCAAGAAAUACAACGAAUUCUUAUUAAAAGCCAAUCAUCAACUCAAGAUGGAAAAAGAGCAAAUCCAAACUGAUCUUGCCAUUCAAUUGGCUCAAGCUCAACGCAAGCAAAAGAUGGCCAAUGUCGUUGCAGGAUUAUCAGCCCUUUUACUCGUUGCCGGUGUAGCUACCAAAUACCAUACACUUUUCUGUAAGAAAUAAAUGAUAUAAACCACAAUCUAUGUGACUUUUAAGAACUGUG